UGUAAAAGCAAAUUCACCGAUAAGCUUUUAGCAUCGCAAGGCGAAAACAAUGACCUCGGUCUCGAGUGGUGCAAAUGCGUGCAAAAUUAUAUUCUUCCUGAAAGUGUUAUGCAUUUAUCUCGUGAAAAACCCCCACACCGUUUACGCUAGACCACAGGCAGUUCCACAAUCGCUCAACGCGACUAAUAACGGUAAUAUUUUUCUCAGUUCACGCCUGGCUAGCUCUAAAUACACCUACGUAUCCAGCUGGCCAAUUUUAGAACGAAAGCUCGGCUCCGUAUCAGCCGUAGCCAUCGAUGGGGCAGGCGAUAUCGUGAUUUUCCACCGCGCAUCGCACGUCUGGACACUUAGCUCAUUCGACACGGCCAACAGAUACCUGGAAGCAACAGGUGGUCCCAUCGAUCAACACACGGUGUUGCGAUUUCACCACGAAACCGGCCAACUUCAGCAGGAAUGGGGCGAUAAGCUUUUCUACAUGCCGCACGGUUUGACGAUCGAUCAUGAGGGAAACUACUGGCUAACGGAUGUGGCGUUACAUCAGGUGUUUAAAUUCAAUCUAAACCAAUCGGUGACGCAACCCGAGCUAGCCUUGGGCACUCGGUUUGAGCCCGGAGAUGGGAUGUAUCACUUUUGCAAACCAACAGCGGUUGCGGUGAUGCGAACGGGCGAGUUUUUCGUCGCAGAUGGGUAUUGUAAUGGACGGAUCGUGAAGUACUCCGCUGAUGGGUUGCCCAUUUUAUCCUGGGGACGUAAUUCAUUCGCCCUAACCCGCACUUUUACGUUGCCUCCUGGACCAGUGCCGGAGAGCUUUUUUGCUAUCCCUCACGCGCUAACAUUGGCAAACGAUCGCGAGUUGCUGUGUGUUGCUGAUCGCGAACAAGGACGUGUACAAUGUUUCCACACGGGCAAUGGAACGUUUCACUCGCAGUACAGCAGCCCGGAAAUUGGUAGCCGGCUAUUUAGCGUAAAAUACAUCCCCAUCGAGGGUGGGCUGUUGUACACGAUUAAUGGACCACAGUUCGAUCUCGAUGCGAAACCCGUCGGUGGUUACAUCAUCGAAAUGGUGGGUGGACGUGUUGUGGGUCGUUUUCAACCCAACAACACGGUGCACGCGUUCAGCAACCCACACGAGCUGGCUGUGACGGAUGAUGGUGCGGAGGUGUAUGUGGCGGAAUUAAAUCCACAAAUGGUGCAUAAAUUUCGGCGCACGCGUGUGUUGUCGAGUCCAUCACCCACUUUCCCGCGGGAACAACAAACGGCUAGUGGACAUUUUGUGGAUGCACCGGAAGCUUCAUACAAAGAAGCGAUGGGAGGCACGAGUGAUCUAACCGCAGGAUCGAUUGGGAUAUUUUCCAUCGUAAGUACGUUGAUCGUGACCAGCUUGUUGGUGAUCCUGAUGGCGCGAGUUAUAUGCUUCCGUUCGGGAGCUUCACCGUCCCAGUUUGAUGAAGUGCCGUUGCGGAAUAUGGGCGAAUGAGGGAUGCAGGUACUUAAGCAUUUCCCAAACAACAAAACAUCCCUUAACCUAUAUUUACAGUAUGAUCUGUGAUCGAGACUGACUUGACGAUUGACUUGAAACACUCCAAACACACGACUUGACGACGAGCAGAAGGACUGAAAGGGCUAAUGUAACACAAUUGGCAAUGUGCAAUUGCAUAUGCGUGCAAUUAUGCGGGUAUUUAAUAGCGAUAACGGUUGUUUAUUUAAAUAUAUUUCACGAACUG